UCAAAGUCGCAGCAGUAAUGUUGGCACAGUAUGCAGCUGUAGUGGCCAUCCGAACGUCAUCUUAACGGGAAAUGUUUUUACGCGCUACGGCAUAGCGCUAGGCCGCAGCAGCAGGUUACAAGUUCUAGGUAAAAACUCCCCCACGCCACGCCAGCAUCGACGAUGUCAUCCGAAGGGCCUGUCAGUGUCAAAGUUGCGGCCAUACUGGAGCCCGUCGGUUUGGCAAGGGACGAUGGCAAGAGGCCUGACGGUAUGACUCUGGUGCCUUGGAAUUUGGGAUGGCCUCUUGUUUGGGAUGCCACAUGCUUUGACACCCUCGUGCCGUUGACCUUCCGGGUACCAGCAGUGAUACUGGGCGUGCCGCGUCCGCGGCCGAAGACCUCAAACGCCGAAAGUACGCCACCCUCGGCAGUAGCUACAUUUUCGAGGCAUUUGGGGUUGAAACGCUGGGGCUGUGGGGGCCAAACGCGCGUCGGCUCUACAAGGCUAGGUCCUUCGUGCCUUAUAGAUGCCACAGGUAAUCAGAAGGCUGGCCAGUAUUUUGCUCAAAGAAUAAGGAUUGCCAUCCAACGUGGCAAUGCGGCCAGCCUUUUGGGCACACUGCCCAUCGGCAGCGACUUGAGGGACGUUUUUCAUUUAUAAUGCCUUUAAGUUUAUUUGUAGUCUUUAUAAUUAUUACUAAAAUUAUUGAUAGUUUAUUGUUAAAAUUCAGUAGUUCUUAGUUACCAAUAUAUAAAAUAUAUUGACUUAUUUUAUUUUAUUUGAAAAUAUGUUUCCAUUACCUCACAGAUAAAACCAAUGCGCCAUGAAAUUUAAAAUUAAUGUAGGUAUGUAAAAAACAGGUAUGUAACAAUUUAUUACAAAUAACAAACAGGUAGGUACAAAAAUCUAUUACGGCUACUCCCAUUUUGAAUGUUGGUUAAAAACUCGGGAUCACUGAGUCCCAGCCGUAGAGAUUAGAUAAAAUUGCAUAGGAUUAAUUAGCCUACCUGUUCGACCGGCGGCUGGUAUCUGACAGGCCGUGCUCGCGAGAUAUGCGAAUUUCAUUACGAACACACGUCU